CUCACAAACAAACGCCAUAAAAACAGUGUGUACCAUCUUCUCUCUCUACACUCUCUCUCUAGGUUUCAGUUCGUCUGUCAGUUCAUUGAAGAUAAUCAAUUCGAUUUCAACAACCGCUAUUCGAUCGAAUCACAUGCUAAUUGCUGAGAACUUAUGUUUAUGUUUAAAUUAGGGCUUGUUUGAUUGGAAAAAAAAGGUUUGCGAGUUUUUCGAGCCCUAGAAUCAAAAUUUCUGUGAAUAAGCAGCUGCAACGUUGAUCAAACGGUCAGAUUCAGUCACCGAAUGGAGGGAGGUAGUUGUACCUUUUCUUCAUCUUCUUCACUUACUUCUUCUGUGAUACUCAAUGGAUACUGAUGACAACGAUGCUCAAGACCAAAAUCUUCACAUAGUUGGGGAAGAGAGCUCGAAAGUUUCUCCUGUAUUGCAAUCAUUUUCUCUUCCCAAAUUCGAGUUUGAUGAUAGCUUACAGGGGCAUCUAAGGUUUGAUAAUCUUGUUAACAACGAGGUUUUCCUUCAGGAAGAUAAUAACUGGAUUGAGGAAUAUUCAACUGCUUCGAAAUCAACACGGAAAAAUGUAUGGUCUGAAGCAACAUCUUCAGAAUCUGUUGAAAUGCUUCUAAAAUCCGUUGGACAAGAAGAGAAGGUUCUAGAAGAAAGUAACAGACACAGUAGCUUAACUAAUGUUAUGGAUCCCAAGGGGGAAUUAGAAUCAGUAGUUUUAGGUGACAGUAAAAUAGCAACCGAAUCUGUUGUUGACGAAUUACAAGUAGAUUCUUCUGUGUCUAAGGUAGAAUGUGGAAAUGCAGGUUCCUCACAGAAUGUUGAAAAUGCUAGCGGUAAUAAUGACUCUGAUUAUGUUGAUAAGAGCAAAGAGAAUAGUGUGGAUAAUUCAAUCAACAGUGACACCGUUGCUGAAGGCGGUGUUUUAAACGUGGAAUCGGUGGGCAAACCGUUAGUUGAAAGUGGUGUUUCUGUUAACGAGGAAACAGAAAACGGUGUCAGUAGUGAUGCCCAACAUGUUACUUCAGCUGAAAUUCCGUCUGAAGACAUCUUAAACAAGGAUGAUACAUCUGGAAAUACGGACGUAAAUGUUGUUGGAGCUGCUGAUAGCCCAAAGAAUGAUAAAGGAGUUAAUGCAAUAGCUCAUGAUGAAUCUAAUAUGGAUAUUCUAACAGAUGCUGUUGUGGCUGUGGAAUCAAGUAAAUUAUCAUCUCCUGACACAACUGACGGUGUACAGUUACCAUCUGGAACCAUUGCUACAUCUGAUGUUGUUACAGAAGACCAACCAAGAUCACCUAUACUUGGGGUCAGUUUAUUGUCGGAUGAUAAUAAAGAAAAAGUGGAAGUAGGAUCUACCAGUGAAGGCGCUUUCCAGAAGCAGUCCCCAGAAGUUGAAAAGGGCACGGUUUCUGACGGUGCUGAAAAGAUCGUACACAUCAAUGCGGGCCAAAGUGAACAAACCGGAGAUGAUGAAUCAGGAAGUUUACCGGAUCCUAAGGAAUCAAUGACAGGAGAAGAUGGAGCGGAACCUCUAAAUUUAGCAGUUAAUAUGCCAGAUCAGCAGCAGGCGUCUGUUGAUAUAGAUAGUCCAUCUGGAUGCGACACUAAUCCUUCUUCUUUGGAUAAACCUCAAACUUCUUUGUCAGACGCAAAAAGCGUUGAACUUUCUCAAACUGCAAAAGAUAAACAUGAUGUCACCAAGGGUACAAAAGAAGACAAGAACUUUACUUUCGAGGUCAAUGCUAGUUCAAGUCAAAAUAUUAAUUUCUCAACGAAUACGGUGUCAUCUGUUAGUUCUCAUGGUAGCCAGUUAGAUCCUAACAAAUUGCAUGAGGAUUCUCCAGUUACUCAAUCACCUAUCACUACCUCUGCUGCAACAAGAGCCAAAGGAACUUCUGAACGUAAACCGAGGAAAAAAUCUGUUGGGACAGAAACCGCUAAGCAAAGUAACAACUUGAAAGAAAAGACUCCCGCUAGACGUUCACGUAAAACAGAAAAAUCGCCUCCAUUGCAAACAUCCCCUACAACUGGACAUGUUACUCCAGUCAGCAAUCCUAAGCCAGGUGGCAUGACUCCUAUUUCCACAUCAACUCUACCCAUUCUGAAUAACUCAACCUCUGUAUUCCAUCACUCUUUUACCGACAAUCAGCAAGUGCAAUUGCGGGCACAAAUUUUAGUAUACGGUUCAAUAUUGUCUGGAGUACCACCUGAAGAGCCUCAUAUGAUUGCUGCAUUUGGCCAAUCUGACGGUGGAAGGAGAGCCUGGGAGGCUACUUGGCAUGCUUAUCUAGAAAGGGUUCGUGGGCCCAAAGCCCAACCCAAUAACCCUGGCCCAAGUACCCCUAAUCAAGCAGUUAAAAUAGGUUCCGCCCAAAGCAAAAUUCUCUCCGGUAUUUCUUCACCGAUCGUUAAUCCCAUUAUUCCCAUUUCAUCUCCCCUUUGGAAUAUUCCUACCCCUAGUGAUGGCUCACAGUCUAACGCUAUGCCCAAAAGUGAUCUUUUUGGCCCGUUUCAAAACCCGGUGGUGCAGAAUUUUGCUGGACAUAACCCUAUGUGGCCAUCGCAAGGCGUGUUUCCUGGUCAAUGGGUUGCGUCUUCACCGGUUGCUUCGUUUAAUGCUCGUCUUUCUGCAUUGCCUAUAACCGAGUCUGUAAAACUAACUACAGUGAAAGAAUCAGGUGCUGUAAGUAUGCCGGUGAUUUCUGUGGGCCCUAGUGCUUCUCCAACCAUUUCUCCUAUGCUGUCAUCUGGUCAAACUUCUGGUCAAACUUCAAGUGAUCCAAAAAGCAGAAAGAGGAAGAAGGUUGUCAAUAGUAAUAUUACAACAUCAGCUGCCUUAUCGACACCUGUCGGUAAUUUUGUUCCACCUAUAUCUUUUGCAUCUACUCAUGGUCAACCUAGCAAUGUGACUCAUGUUGACCAAAACAUGGAGAAGAUUGUAACAAGAGAGAACACCGUGAGCAAAAUUGAGGAGUCAAAGGUUCAGGCAGCAGACGCAGCAGUGCAUGCUGCUGCUGCCGUCAAUCAUUUCGAAAACGUCUGGAAACAACUGGAAAGUCGAAAGAAUUCCGGUCUGGUUUCCGAUGAUGAAGCGAAGCUAGCAUCUUCAGCUGUCUCAAUAGCAGCUGCUUCUUCUGUUGCUAAAGUGGCUGCAGCUGCUGCUAAAAUCGCAUCAGACGUUGCAGAACAAGCAAGAUUGAUGGCUGACGAAGUUUUUUUAUCAAACAAAACUGAUAGUUAUAAUCAAAGUGGCACUACUUCAAUCAUUUCUGCUGCUAAAGAAGCUGCUCGUAGGAGAAUUGAAGCUGCUUCUGCUGCUUCAAAACAUGCUGAAAAUUUAGAUGCUAUUGUAAAAGCUGCUGAGCUGGCAGCAGAAGCGGUAUCACAAGCUGGAAAGAUUGUUGCAAUUGGUAAUCCUUUGUCUAUAAGAGAAUUGGUGGAAGCUGGUCCUGAGGGUUACUGGAAGUUUCCGGAGUCAUCCGUUCAGAAGGGUCGUUCUGAUAAACAGAAUGUUGAAACUGCUCUUAAUGAUAAAGAAGAUUUGGUCAAGGAUCAAAUGAUUGUUGCAAGCAAUGAAAAGGGUCGUAACGGUCCUAACUUAUCCAAAACUGCUGGAUCAGUUCAUACUUCUGAUGUUGACCCGAACAUGCUUCAGAGUACUUCAAGCACGUGGAAAGAUAACAUCAUUAAAGAAGGUUGUCUUGUUGAGGUACGUAAAGACGAUGACAAGAAGAAAAGUGCCUGGUUUGCCGCAAAUGUAUCAACUCUGAAAGAUGGAAAAGCAUUUGUCUGCUACACUGAACUUCAAUCAAAUGAUGGGUCGGGUAAAUUAACGGAAUGGGUCGCACUUGAAGGUGAAGGCACUGAGCCACCUAGGAUACGCAUUGCUCAUCCUAUGACUACCAUGCGGUCUGAAGGGACGAGAAAGAGAGGCAGAACAACCCUUACAGAUUAUGGUUGGUGUAGUGGGGACCGAGUUGAUGUGUGGGUCCAAGAUUGCUGGUGUGAAGCAGUUGUUGUGGAGACAAAUAAGACUGAUUUAACUUCUCUAACUGUUCAGUUUCCUGCCCAAGGAGAGACAUCCGUUGUUCGGUCAUGGCAUGUCAGGCCAACGCUUAUCUGGAAAGAUGGCAAGUGGAUCGAGUGGUCUAGUCAGAAGGGGUCCCACUCUUUAGAAGGUGAUACACCACGUGAAAAGCGACAUAAGAUUGGUAGUAGCCCUGUUAUAGAAGGGAAAGAUAAGGCUAAACCGUCAAAUAACGCUAAUCUUAUUGAGUCAGGGAGACAUCAAGAAUCAAGGAAUAUUCCUAUAUCUUCCAUAGGAAUAUCAAUUGACCUAGGUAAAAGCGCUAGAAGUGAAAACAAGUUCGACACUCUUAAAACCAUAAAUAGCGGUACGCAGAAGAAACAAUCAAGGGUGGUUUUUGGUGUUCCUAAACCCGGGAAGACACAGAAGUUCAUGGAUGUGAGCACGCAUCGUGUUGAUGAUAGAAACAAUAAAAGUAAUACACCAAGUGAUUCAGUCAAGCUUGUAAAUUAUUUGAUGCCUCAAGCAUCCGGGGCCCGUGGGUCGAAAAACAAUUCUAAAACCGAAGCCAAAGAAAAGCAAGUUGCUGAAGUCAAACCCAAAGUUAUCAAGACUAGAAAACCACCGGUUCCUUCGGUCAAAACGUUGACCCAAAAGGAUAAGUCGAAAGGUUCUAAACCCACUUCACAUGAUGCUUUUACAAGUGAUGAGAAUUUGUCGGGUCAACCUAACAGGAUGGAUGUUGACUCUUCUAAUACUGAGGACGCAAAGGAAACUUCGACAUCAAAGGCAACUAAAGUUGAGGUUGAAGAUAAGUCAACUUCGGAAAUAGAACCGCGUAGAUCAGUUCGCAGAAUCCAACCAACUUCAAGGUUAUUAGAAGGGUUGCAAAGUUCGUUGACUGUUUCACAUCCAAGUCCAAGAAGCCACAACAAGGUUACAACAAAAGGGAGUAGCAAUUAGACCAGACGGGAAGCGGUCCAAGUCCAAUGUUGUGUGUAAAUUAAGCAGAGGUUUUAGAACUAGGAAUGGAUCUGGUUAAAAUAAGCUUUAAUAACGUAGCUUGUAGAAGAUGUUCAUAAAUUUCUUACCAAAUUGCGCUGUAUAUCGUUGUUUCUGAGGUUACAAUAUCAUGAUUGUGUUAUAGUUCUUCUAAAGAUCAUUGCCAUAUCCGUAUCGAGUUAUUGAUUUAUGUGAUUGCUGUGA